CGCAGGUACAUGGGGUGAUUUGGCACAAGCAAUUCCCCGAGCAAUGAAAAUCUUUGGUGAUGACGGUAAACACGUAAAAAUAUUUUCAGUUUUAUCAAUCGCACCUCCACUGUCAACGAAAGGUCCUUCUGAUGAUUCCAGUUCUCUGCAUUGGUUAUGUUAUUUAUUUCACUUGUGCACCAAUGGAAACGCAGUAUACAACGAUGUUGUGGCGCAAUAUAGAAGGAACAAAACUUUGUUUCAAAGAUUUUCCCCACGUGGUAAGAAAUUGAAAAAAAUGAAACUUGAUGAAACCAAUAUCAGAAAAAUGGAGAAGAAAAUGGAAAAAGUGAAGUCCAAGGACGAUAUGUUUCUUGUCGACGUUGUUGCUGCGGCAAUGGUCGUUGUUCUCGCGUAUAUAAGCAAAAAUUCACCGGGAGCAGCAGGAAAUAUUCAGGAAAAUUGUCUUACGUUGAAAGUUGCAGCACCACUUGCUGAAGCUGCAGGAUGUGCUUACGAAAGUAGGAAAGAAUUAAACUGGGCAAAUGUUUCUUACGAGACAAGCAGAAGUCUGCACGAGAAACUCGGCAAUAAUUUGAGUGUGAUUAAGAUUAAUUAUAAAAUCGCAAAAUGCCAGAAAGAACUUGGAAACUACGAGAUCGCUAUUGACUUAUUUAAAUCAAACGUGAAGCACCUUGUUCACCAUCAAGAUGACCCAAAUUGCUUAAAGCUACUUGUUGAUGCCAUGUUGAGCAUAGCAGAAUGCUGCACAACUUGCCUUCGAUAUGUUGAAGCGGAAACAUAUUUGCAUGAUGUACUCGAAAAACACAUUAAAGAGAAGAAGAAAUUUGUACGUGUCAUUAUCUAUGUAGCAUGGUUCAAGCAACAACAAGGAAAACUAGACGAAGCUUUUAAACUAUACUGGGAGGCAUCCAAAUGCCCAGUAGACAGCAAUAGCCUUGAUGAAGCACAAAUGCUAAUUAUACUUAGUAAUCAGGGACUGUGUCUCUUAACACUUGGGAUAAACGAAAAAUAUUUAAUAAGGCAAGCGAAAGAUGUAAGAAAAAAGUUGAAACAAGCAAGCGAUCCUCAGGUCGCCGAGUCUCUCAACUAUUUCGGAUCAUUCUUGAUGAAAAUGGAAGAAUACGACGACGCAUAUGAAAAUGUAAUCAAAGCAAAAGCCAUAUACGAAAAGCAAAAAAUCACUGAUGAACUUAAAUUUGCUAUGGUAUUGACGAAUCUGGCAAGCUGCCCGUCCUCACAGCAAUCACCCCAAGUCACCUUGAGUCGUGCACAAGAAGCUUUGGAACAGAUGAAGAAAAAAGUCCUGCAUUAUAACUGUCUUGAAAUCGCCAAUACCUUGUCAGUUCUUGGUGGGUGCCUUUUUAAAACCGAAUAUAAAGAAGCAAAGAAAUACCUCUUAGAGGCUUCGGAUAUAAUCGAAAAUUUGUUUUCGGAAAAUCACCCAUGGCUGAUCGACAUUUAUCAGCUGCUUUACGAAUUGUAUAAGGUGGAAAUCGGCAAACAGAGGGAGGCUGAAAACUAUAAAAUGAAAAUAAAGAGUAUCGAAAGCGAAAUGAAGAAAAUGGCCAAAGUCACUACGAAAUGGAUAAAGAAAAAGGGUCGAAGACAGUAGCGGAUCUGGAGAAGAUCCACCCUUUGUCCUAGAGACAAAAACAAGUCAGAAGAGACAAAGGACAAGCGACGUAAAAGAUCAAGAAAGCAGUAAAAAAAUGAAAGAAAAUCCGCAUAAUUUGGAUGAGGUGGUAUCUUUCAUAAAGUUGGAGAUGUAGGGAAUGCAAUAUAAAUUAAAAGUUGAAUAUUUGUGUGAAGGAUUGUUUCGUUCACGAGUAGCUGCAUUCAACUAAUUAAAUUUCCAUUUCGUUUUAAAUCACAAAUUUCUCUGCAUUGCCAACAAGGAUAAUGUGAUAGUCGCGUGACAAAAAAUCCAAGCAAGGGCAGUCGGCAAAUGCAAAAAGGAUUCACUGGCAGUGACCACAAAGCAUAUUUUUAGAAAUCCACAACAUACUUUAAAGUUUGAUGUUAAUAGUGUUGAAAUUGUAUAACAUGUCUAGCACCAUGAUAUCUGGUUUAUCAUUUGCAUUGACCAAACACUUGAAAAGCUAUUCACAUGUACGCAAAGCGUGCCUACUUUUACUUUUUAGUCCAGGCUUGAAUCCAAGCAUGAGUCUAAGAACGAGUCCUAGUUAGAGUCGAAGCUCAAGUCCUUUGUUCGUUACGUAUAGUAUAUCUCGUUAGAUUGUUGUUAUUUUAUAAUAUGCAUUAAAGCAUACAUAAUUGUGGA